AUGAGUCUACAAUCUAUAGGCCGAAAUAUGGCUGUCUCACAUCCAGUAUCCAUAAACGUUACAGGACAACAGCCCCUGGAAACUGAAAAUGUACAAGAGCUGCUUGACGAGUUUAUUGCCAAAGCGGAUGAAGAAACGGCUCAAGAGCUUAACUUUAUGGCUCUUAACGAUGGAACUACUGCUACUGCAACUAACAAUAAUGCAGCCAAAAUCUCUCAAUUGAAAAGAUUACAACGAGAACUAAGAGGUUUACCUCCUUUGCUGGAUGCUCCAACUUUUGGGGAAAAGCCCCGUAAAGCGGGAUUUGAAGGUGCUACUGCUGACACAGGUAAAAUUGAAGCAGGAGUCAAACUGAAUAAAAAAAUCAAGUUCGACGAUGAGCCUGUCACCGUAGAGCCAGUAAUAAAUACUGUCACGAAUUCUCAAAAGCAUGUGAUAGAAGAGGAGGAAGAGGAAGUACUUAAGGAAGUUGAAACUGACGAACAGCCUAAACCAGAAGCCUCUGAUUCUGAGUCCGAGGAACAAGAAAGGAAACGUAGGAAAAAAGAAAAGAAAGAGAAAAAGGACAAGAAGGAGAAGAAGGAGAAGAAGGAAAAGAAAGACAAGAAAGAGAAGAAAGAGAAGAAGGAUAAAAAAGAAAAGAGAAAGGAAAAGAAACAGGAAUCUAAAGUAUAA